AUGUCUUUGGAACAAUCUGACAGCCCGGUUGAUUCCCAGAAUUUUGAUGAAAUCGAUUACAAUAAUGAAUCUUUUGAACAAGAACAUACUGAUACACUUCGUAUUAUGGAUAAUCAAUAUGUGUUUAUUGUACUUCCGAGUAGUAAUAUUAAGGUGGUUAAACUACAAAAGGAUACAACUGUAUCAUUGGGAAAAUUUGGUACUUUCCAUACGAAUGAUAUAAUAGGGAAGCCUUUUGGUCAUUCUUACGAAAUUUAUGACCGUGAUAAAAUAAAAGUCAUUAGAAACGUUGCAUUUUAUGAAGUUGAUUUAGAUGAUUCUGGUGCAAAUAAUCAAAAAACAAUUGAUGAUCCGUCUAAACAGAAGUUAUCCUACCAAGAUAUCGAACAAUUGAAAAAAGAUGGAAUGGAAGGACAGGAUAUUAUCAAGAAAGUAAUCGAAAGUCACUCAUCAUUUGAUAAAAAAACUGAGUACUCUAAAGCGAAAUAUAUUAAACGAAAAGAAGCAAA